AUUCCUCUCUCUCUUGCUCCGUCGCCUCCUCACUACAAACAUGGCCUCGUCCUCUCCAUACCAGUACCGCCCCGACCUCCUCGCCCCCUACCUCGAGCUCCCUCAGGGCGACAAGAUUCAGGCCGAGUACGUCUGGAUAGACGGGGAUGGUGGUCUGCGUUCAAAGACGACGACUGUGAGCAAGAAGGUCACCGAUAUCGGCCAGCUCCGCAUCUGGGACUUCGACGGCUCCUCGACCAACCAGGCACCCGGCCACGAUUCGGAUGUCUACCUCCGUCCCGCCGCCAUCUUCAAGGACCCCUUCCGCCGCGGCGACAACAUCCUCGUCCUCGCCGAGACCUACAACAACGACGGCACCCCGAACAGGACGAACUACCGUCACCAUGCCAAGAAGAUCAUGGACCUCGCCAAGGACCAGGAACCCUGGUUCGGUAUCGAGCAGGAGUACACCCUCUUCGACGUCGAUGGUACCCCCUACGGCUGGCCCAAGGGUGGUUUCCCUGGUCCCCAGGGCCCUUACUACUGCGGUGCCGGUACUGGCAAGGUCUUCGCUCGUGACCUGAUCGAGGCGCACUACCGUGCGUGUCUCUACGCCGGUGUCAACAUCAGCGGUAUCAACGCCGAGGUCAUGCCCUCCCAGUGGGAGUUCCAGGUCGGCCCGUGCGAGGGCAUCUCCAUGGGUGACCACCUCUGGAUGGCGCGUUACCUUCUUGUCCGCAUCGCGGAGCAGUGGGGCAUCAAGGUGUCCUUCCACCCCAAGCCGCUGCAGGGUGACUGGAACGGCGCGGGCGCGCACACCAACUUCUCCACGAAGGCGAUGCGCGAGGAGGGAGGAAUGAAGCACAUCGAGGCUGCGAUCGAGAAGCUCAGCAAGAGGCACGAUGAGCACAUUGCUGUCUACGGGGAGGACAACGACCUGCGGUUGACCGGUCGCCAUGAGACGGGCCACAUCGGUACUUUCAGCAGCGGUGUCGCCAACCGUGGCGCAUCCAUCCGUGUACCGAGGCACGUCGCUGCCCAGGGCUACGGCUACCUCGAGGACAGACGUCCUGCCUCCAACAUUGACCCGUACCGUGUCACGGGCAUCAUCGUCGAGACCACCCUUAUCAACUAGACGGCGAUCGUCAUCGGUGUUCUUAGAUCGUAGAGUUCUCGAUUUGUCUCUAAUAUUUGUCAAUGGACCAUCAGGCUGUGGUAGUACUACUAUUCUUGACGGUGAAUGUGGACGCAGAAGUCUGAGACAUUGUACAUCGGGUUCUGGAGGAAUAAACAAAAUAAUUUUUGACCGGGAUAGGGGACCGUG